UCCCGGUGACGAGAGCCGGUGGUUUUAUAGCUCAUGACUCAUCUCGCGGGCUGGUUGACGGGCGCAGAGCUGGGGCCGUGUUAUUCCAGGAGAUUGCAAAAUCAUAACAGGAAUGUCGUGGCGAGUCCACGGCUCAACGAUGCAAAUCCCCAGGAAGCCAUUUGAGCCGGAGAGCGUGAAGCACGCCACACGGGGAUGGCCGAGCGAUGAAGAGGCCUCGGGCACCGCAGGCAGAAGGGACACGGGUAGCGCUGGAGUCCCGGGGAGGACAGGCCUGGGAGCAACAGCAGCAGCAGCAGCAGCAGCACCAGCAGCAACAGAUGCCCCGGAAUAAUCAAGAAGAGAAAGAGGAAAAAGAGAAAGAUGCAGAGAAGGAAGAGGAGAAGCCAGAAUCUGAAAACGACAAAGAGGAACUGACAAAGGAGAAGAACGAGGAUACCUCUGGCGAGGACAACGACGAGAAGGAAGCUGUCACCUCCAAAGGGCGCAAGACGGCUAAUAGCCAGGGCUGGCGGAAAGGGCGCAUCACUCGAUCGAUGGCCAACGAGGCCAACCAUGAGGAAGUGGCGGCGCCCCAGCAGAAUUCUGAGCUAGCUUCUCUGGAGAUGAACGAAAGUUCUCGCUGGACCGAGGAGGAGAUGGAAACGGCCAAGAAAGGUCUCCUUGAACAUGGACGCAACUGGUCCGCCAUUGCCCGCAUGGUGGGGUCGAAGAGCGUCUCGCAGUGCAAAAACUUCUACUUCAACUACAAGAAAAGGCAAAACCUGGAUGAGAUCCUGCAGCAGCACAAAUUGAAAAUGGAGAGAGAAAGGAACUCUCGGAGAAAGAAGAAAAAGAGCUCUGCGAUCCAAAACGAGGAGAGAACUUUCCCCCCGGUGACCGAGGACGAAGAGAUGGGCCAGGAUGGGUCGGGCACCAGCGGCAACGAGGAAGAGAUGGCCGAGGAGGUCGAAGCAGAAGGUGAGGUGUUUCUCCAGGAUGAGGCUGAAUAUCUUG